CGUCCACCUCCUUGGCAACAACACUGGACACUCAUAGGCAAGACACUCGCGAAUAAACUCACUCACUCACUCACUCACUCACACACACACACAGUCUGCUGUGACGCGGUGCUGGUGCUGCUGCCGUCUUGCUGAUUGCCGUUGGUUUCUGUGAAGUUUUCUCUUUCUGUGUUGGCUUUCUCUACACAACAGACACCACGCAUCGUCUUCCGUCGAUCUGUGGGUUUUCCGAACCAUCGAAUCGUCGGUUAUCGGCUGGUUUGACGGCCGAGUCGAAAUCGACGACUACACCUGCGCGACAGCGGUGUUGGGGAAUGACAUCGAGUGUCAAGUUCUGAAGUGAGGGAUCGGUGCAGGGAUCUACGCUUUGUUCGUCGUUUCGAAAAGGAGAGAAAUACUGGUGUUCGCAACGUGAAUGCAGACUCGCUCAUUGGACGAACCGAAUGGUUGAUCGUAGGAACGCGGAGAAUCCUCUACCUGAUCAACCGAUAACGGCUCCAUGAUGAGGUUUCUAGUCUUCUCGGUGAUUUUCCUGAGCGUGUCGUGGGUCAGAACCGCUAGCGGACAGAGCCCGGCUACUCCGGAAUACGAUUUUCUGCUGCGUUCGAUCGGAAACGCGAUCCGGGUGUCGAACUCCAGCAAUGGCCUUGCUCUGGAUUUAUUCAAAAGAGUUUCGGACCAGUACAAUGUAUUCAUUGCGCCUUUCUCGAUCUCGACCGUGCUGGCGAUGACGUACCAGGGAGCAGCUGGAAGGUCAGCCGAGGAACUCGCUCGCGUGAUGGGAUACAGUCAUACGAAGGAUUUGCGUCAAUCCUUGUUGGAUGGUUUUAAGUCAGCGCGGACUCUGAUCAGUCAGGAAACCGGUCAAAACGACUUGAUCGAUCUCAACAUGAUGCAGGUCGACGCGAGAUUGAAAAUACUCCCCGAAAUGAAGCAGAAGCUCACGACCUAUUUCGGCACAAACGUCGAAGAGGUGAACUUCGCUCGCGCGGAUACGCUGAAAAUCCUGGAUACGCUUGUAGCGGUGAAAACGAAGGGGAACAUCAAGAAAGCCUUCGGCGACAAGGAAAUACCGCCGAACACGGUCAUGGUGCUGGCGAACAUCAUCUACUUCAAAGGGAUAUGGGAAAAACAAUUCGAUGCUAAAAACACCGUGCGCGGAACGUUUUUCAACGAAGGACAGAAAGCGUAUGCCAAGGAAGUCGACAUGAUGAGAAUGUUGGAUUACUUCCAAUACGCCUAUUAUCCGAAGCUGAGAUUGCAGGCCCUCGAUCUUGGCUACAAAGGAUACCAAUUGCGGAUGCUCAUACUACUACCCGAUGAUGCAUCCAAGAUGGGAAGCAUUAUCGACAACCUCAAGGUUGACGACUUGACAGAAAUCGUCUUGGCGCUGGAGCCCCAGCUCGUGGAAAUUGAACUUCCUAAAUUCAGGGUGAGCUCUCAGCUGAAUAUGAAGGAGUACCUACAGAAGAUGAGCAUGCGAGCGCCGUUCGAUCCCAACCAAGCCGAGCUGCCCUAUUUCACUGGAUACGACAAUCUCUACAUAAACGAAUUCUGGCACCAAGCCGUCAUUGACGUCAACGAACAAGGAACGACUGCAGCUGCUACAACCGUUGCAGCUCAUGCAACUCGAGCGAAAUUCGUGAAAUUCCAGGCGAACGAACCUUUCAUCUUCCUCAUACGCGACUCCCGAACGAAUCUGAUAAUCUUCGCCGGGAAAGUCUCCAGGCUAUGAGGGAACGCCGAAGAGUUCCGUCGAGCAGUUUCCGGAAUGCCUUGACUGGUGUCGUCUGACAAAAUAAAUUCAAUUUCCUCGAGAA